AAUCUUGACGUGGACAGAAGAGAUUGCAGAUGAUGAGACUGAUGAAGUAUCAACUCAUCAAAUUAAAGAAUGCCAGAAAGAGAUUUCUGUGGCUCCUAAACCUGACAUGAGGCAGGCAUCGGAACCACAGAAGGAACAACCCUCAACUACUUCUACUACAAAGCCUAAAACCAUUCCAGCUGGUUUAAAGGCAAGUAAGAAGCAAACUGUGACACAAGAAGCAACAGAUGUAAAACAUAAAGCUGAGAAUCUAACUAAAGACAACCUGCCUGUUUUCCCUAAACACCAGGGUCUUCCUAAGCCUAGUUGGACUUCUCAGAUGUUGAAGAAUAUGAUGGUAAGACAUUUGGGAACAGAAAAGGACGUAGAUCCAGAGAUUCUAUGGAAAAGCGUUUUGAGAGGCACUGGGAAAAGGACUGGGCCGGAAAUCAACGAAAAGCUAUCUGCGAUUCCUAAACCGAGCUUGGAAAAGCAGAUGCUAAAUAAAGAGUUGAAAGAACAUUUCCAGAAACAUCCAGAACUUGGAUCAAAGUGCGCCAUUCUCACUGGCGUAGGCACUUCUGACGAGCUGCUUUUAAACCCGGAAGUGAUACCUAUUCUACCUAACCCUACACUAACCCGAACUUAUAAACCACCAAAAGAAAAGUCGUUUGUAACACGGGAAAAGCUUCGACCGAUUAUAGACGAGAUGCAGGCCAGAAGUCUUCGGCAACUGACGGAGAAGGCAAAUACGAGCCAACCUGCAGAGAAGGAUGAGCCCCAAGAAGAUAGACAGAACCGAAUAGAGCGAAGUCCUUCCCUAACAUUUCACGAAAUUAUCGACACUUUUAACAAACAAGAAAGGAAGGAAUGAAUAUUGGCAUUAUUUGGAUAUUUUGCAUUGUUUGGAGCUGCAACUACAAUGAAACAGGUAUCCUCAGAAUGGCUAACGCUAACAAGACAACGUUCUGUUGAUCUGAAUCCGUUAUCUGAGGAACUGUUUGUACAGAAGCUGAUACAUGGCCAAUAAUCAGAAGAACUGCCAACAAGUUAAAAAUAAUAAAAAAAAGAGGCCAAUAUACAAGUUAUACAUAGGGGAGGGAUAUGGGUGGAUUGAUGGCCUGGCAGUUAUUGGAAAUAGGAGAGAGGGCUGGAUCCAAGAUGUGGGCCCAUAGGUCUCUAGUUACGCCU